AAUUCUUCUUUAAUAGUCAACAUUGAAUGAGAUAGAAGAUUACGUUCUCACUUCCCUUUUAAUGCCUUUCUGUAAUUUCCAAAGCCGUUUUCUUCUAUAUGAGUGUAUCCGUUUCCUCCACCACCAAACCUCCAAUUUCCAUCUCCCUUUUUCUGCCCCCGAGAAAGGGCUGGUAUAGAGGGAGGGCGGGAGAGAGAGAUGGACGGCGAUUCUAGCGAUACAAGUCUGGCUCUUGGACUUGGACGUGGAAAUCCUGAUGUUCAUGGUAGAGAGAGGGAGAAAGUCAUCAAAUUUCAUGUGCUGUUUCCGCCGAAGAAGAGUGAGAGCGAGAAGCGGAAGAGCGAGGAGCUGAGCGAGGAGGAAGAAGAAGAGAUGGAGGACGAGGGUGAUAAUCGGAACGGAAGGAAGAAGUUGAAGCUCACGCUGGAGCAAUCCAGCCUGCUCGAACAGAGUUUCAGAGAGCAGAGAACCCUUAGUCCUAACCAAAAGCAAAUUCUAGCAAAACAACUGAACCUCCUUCCACGGCAAGUUGAAGUCUGGUUCCAAAACAGAAGGGCAAGGACCAAACUGAAGCAGAUAGAGCUGAACUGCCAACUCCUGAAGAACUGCUGCGAGAGGCUUUCUGAGGAGAACAGGCGAUUGAAGAAAGAGUUGCAGGAACUCAAGGGCUUGAGGAUGACGACAAGUCCAACCCAAUUCUACAUCAAUUUCCCUUCUGCAGCAGCCAGUCUUACACUUUGCCCCUAUUGCCAGAAAACGGGUGCCAAAGAAAAGGAGUCCCCCAAGUCUUAGGUGCCCAUCCAUUGGUCCAACUCUAUAACUUUAGAUGUAGUUUCUCCCGUAUAUAUAGUCCCUUCCUUUCUUUUGUAAAUGAAGAUAUAUAGGAUAGACCAAUAUAAACAGAUGCAGAACAAUUGUCAUAGGACUUUACAUUUUUGAUAGUUCUUCUUUCCUGUUAGUACUGUUGUAAAUUUCAAGUUGUGGACUAAAGGAAAUGAAAUAUAUAUAAAGGAGAAUACAUGUCACUGGACAAAUUAUU